GGCUAUGGUCAGCAGUCCAACGGAGGCUAUGGCCAGCAGUCCAACGGAGGCACAGAGUCUCCUACGCCCUACUCGUUCAGCUACGACGUGCUGGAUGUCCGUGGUAACGACUUUGGCGCGGCCGAGGAGUCCAACGGUGAGGAGGUGCAGGGCCAGUACAGCGUCGUGCUGCCUGACGGCCGACUCCAGACCGUCUCCUACUCGGUUGAAGGAGACUCUGGCUUUGUGGCCGACCUUGAGUACGAGGGUGAGGCCAAGUUCUUCAACGCCUACGGCGAGGAGGAGGGUCGCAGCAACGUCAAGAGGGGGCGAAGCUCUGGCGCCCAGUCCCAGUACGGUGCUCCCUCUGGCGCCCAGUCCCAGUACGGUGCCCAGUCUGGUGCCCAGUCCCGGCACGGUGCUCCCUCUGGCGCCCAGUCCCAGUACCGUGCACCCUCUGGCGCCCAGUCCCAAGAGCCGUUCCAGUCAACCCUGGAGCAAGCGGAUUAUUCUCAUUCCAACGGAGGCUAUAGUCAGCAGUCCAAUGGAGGCUACAGCCAGCAGGCCAACGGAGGCUACGGACAGACCGGGCCUCCUACGCCCUACUCGUUCAGCUACGACGUGCUGGAUGCCGACGUCGAGUACGAGGGUGAGGCCAAGUUCUUCAACGCCUACGGCGAGGAGGAGGGUCGCAGCAACGUCAAGAGGGGACGUGGCCCGACCGGAGGUCAGGGUUACGGCUCCAGCCGCGGCCAGAAAUACGGCAAUUAG